GUGAAAGGACGCGGGCAGCUGGAGGAGCGGGUCGGACUCACACUAAGUUCUGCUCUGCUGCGAACUAAACAAAAAACUGCAACAACAAAAAAAAUGGCAAGUUCUGCUUCCCUGGAGACGGUGAUGUCCUGCGGUAGGACUGGGCCGUCCGCGGCUCCCAAGACCCUCGCCUUCUCCAUAGACCGGAUCAUGUCCAAGAGCUCGGAGCCGAGGGGGAGCGCGGAGGAGCGGUCCGAGGGGAAGAAGCUGCUGGGGCUCUACUCCCCGAUCCCCUGCGUGUUCCCGCUGCAGCCCUUCAGCUACGACCUGCAGGCCAAGGCGCUUAUGAACUACUCGGAGCUGUGGAGAGCCAGCUUCAGGGGGACUUUUUGUGGUACCGCAGCCGCGCCGUGCAAAGGGAACUGCGGCAUGUGCGGCAAAGCGGAGUCGGGCUUGAAGCAGCCGCUGCUGUCGUCGGGGAGCCGGGUGGUGAAACCGCAGGUCAUCCACCAGGCCGUGGCUGUGCCCAGCGGCGGCUCGCUGUACUAUCUCAAUUACCUGGACUCCGCGUACCAGCAGUCGGAGCUGUUGGCCGGACACUGGUUCUCCAACCCGCAGGCCCAGGCCUCUCUGUCGGCGCACCACAGACUUUUGCUGGAGAACGCCAAACUUGCCGCGGUGGGGUCCGAGAAGCUGCCCACACCACAGUACCCGCACAAGGAACAUCUGCCGGGGCAGCUGGACCAGAUAGUGAAGGAGAACCACGGCCUGAGCGCCGAGAAGAACGGCGUUAAGACGCACAGCAAACUCAGCAGCAGCUGCACCAGCGCUGCAGACGGGAAACCCAAAAACUUCACAUGUGAAGUGUGUGGAAAGGUUUUUAACGCGCAUUACAACCUGACCAGACACAUGCCGGUGCACACCGGGGCCCGGCCCUUCGUGUGCAAAGUGUGCGGUAAAGGAUUCCGGCAGGCAAGCACGCUGUGCAGACACAAGAUCAUCCACACACAGGAAAAGCCUCAUAAAUGCAACCAGUGUGGGAAGGCGUUCAACAGGAGCUCCACGCUCAACACUCACGUGCGGAUCCACGCCGGCUACAAACCUUUCGUCUGUGAGUUCUGCGGGAAAGGUUUCCACCAGAAAGGAAACUACAAGAAUCACAAGCUGACGCACAGCGGGGAGAAGCAAUACAAGUGCUCCAUCUGCAACAAGGCCUUCCACCAGGUCUACAACCUGACCUUCCACAUGCACACACACAACGACAAGAAGCCCUUCACCUGCGCCACCUGCGGGAAGGGCUUCUGCCGCAACUUUGACCUGAAGAAACACAUCCGGAAGCUGCACGACAGCGUCUUCACGGCGCCCACGGAGGCCUCCAGAGAGAGGGAGCUGCAGAGCUGAGGCACGCCAUGAGUCCUCAUAACACAGUGUAGGACUCCACCUGGGACUGUUGGGCCCCUGAGAGACUGGCUGCUGUGCUGCAUCUGUGGCCGCGUUGAACAGCUUUCGAAUGUCCAGAGAGGUCGUCCAAUAAAAUUGGACACAACACUUAAAGGGAACUGUGGUGAUCCUAUAAGAGUCAGGGUCCUGUGCCACUUCAUACUUAUCACUGAUAUGAGGCUGCCCACAGAAGGGACAAACAUGGGAGAGAUCCUCCGCUUCCACGAUGGAACUGUAAAUAAUAGGUUAUGGAAAUAAUACAAAAAAAUGUUAUUUAAACUGUGGAUCAUUAACACGUUGUGUAUUUCACAGAAAAAAACAAGUUAAUGUGAAUAAAUAAGUUAUAACUUAUAAUGAAAACUUAAUGUUUGAGCCAUGUUG